CAGGCCGAGAACUGUGGUAUUUUACGGAUGAGGAUUCGGUCUUUGUAAGCUGAGAUUCACCGGGGAUUAUGUCCGUGGCCGGGAUAUUAUGAGAUGGAGAGAUCAAUGACGAGCUCUAAUUCGUUGCGGUCGAUCUUAUCAAUAUACUAGCGUCGGCUUCGGUGGGGGUAGAAGGUCCGAGACCGAAGAAACGAAUCAGAGACUUGAGCUCGGCUGCAAAUAAUCCACCAUCAUCGGCCUUUGGAAGUCUCGCGUCGCGAAAUUAACUCCUUUGAACGAAUGACCGUGAAUAUGGAGCUCCAUAAGGCGUGUUAUGGACCUCUUUUAGGCUCAGAUCUCCCGUGCAUCUGGUACUUAUAAAUCUCCACGCCCAUGUCAACAACUUGAGCCUCAGCGCAACCCUCGAUCAGAUAAACAACAUCUUUCAUCAUGGCUGCUCAAGACACUACUGCACCUUCGUCGCCUCGCAAUUCGGAGCUCACGCUUCAGAAUCAGGUUGGCUACAACAACGAAAAGUCUGAUCUUGAGGAGGGUACCACACAGCCUGAGCCUGCAGCUGCGCCAGCUGGAAGUGGCGCGCCUGAUGGUGGUCUCACAGCUUGGCUCGUUGUUCUUGGCGCAUGGUGUACCUCGUUUUGCAGUUUUGGCUGGAUCAACAGUGUGGGCGCUUUUCAGGAAUACUACCAAAACGAUCUUUUGAAGCAAUACUCGUCGAGUACCAUCGCAUGGAUCCCCUCGCUGCAGAUCUUCUUUAUCAUGGGCAUGGGUCCGAUUAUCGGAAAGCUCUACGAUAGCUAUGGGCCGCGGUGGCUUAUCUUCGUUGGAAGCAUCAUGCAUGUCUUCGGUAUCAUGAUGGCGUCCAUUAGUACCGAGUACUACCAGAUUCUUCUGUCUCAGGGUGUAUGCUCCGCCAUCGGUGUCUCAGCCAUCUUUCAGCCUGCCCUCUCGACGAUUCACGGAUGGUUUGACAGCAAUAGAGGAGCUGCCUUUGGCAUUCUUGCAACCGGAUCGAGUAUCGGCGGUGUCAUCUUCCCCAUCAUGGUCACCCGCCUCAUCAAGCAAGUGGGCUUCGGCUGGUCCAUGCGAAUCUGUGCCUUUAUGAUUCUCGGCCUCCUCAUCAUCGCCAACCUCACCGUCAGAUCGAUCCACCCACCGAACCCUCAGAAGGUCACCCGCGCCCAGAUGCUCAGGCCAUUCUAUGAACCAGAGUUCAUCUUCUGCAUGCUCGGAUUCUUCUUCUUCACCUACGGACUUUUCGUUCCUAUCGACUACCUGCCCGUUCAAGCACUUCAUGCUGGUGUGGACCCGAACCUCGUUCAGUAUUUGAUUCCUAUCCUCAACGCUGCCAGUCUUUUUGGUCGUGUUAUUUCAGGAGUUCUUGGUGAUAAGAUGGGCCGUUAUAACAUCUUCAUCAUUGUCGGCUUCCUUUCCGCUAUCUGGAUUCUUGCCCUAUGGAUCCCUUGCAACACGCAGGACGGUAUCAUUGCCUUUGCGGCCUUGUUUGGUUUCUGCUCCGGCGCAUACGUCUCCUUGAUUGCACCGCUCGUUGCUCAGAUCUCGCCACUUCCGGAAAUUGGAUUCCGUAGCGGCAUCGUCUUCUUCGUCUCCUCGAUCGGUGGACUCACCACCAACCCUAUCAACGGCGCUAUCCUCGAGAGGCCAACUGGCUGGCUUGGAGUCAAAAUCUUUGCUGGUGUCUUCUGCCUGGCUGGCACCGCUUUCAUCCUUGCUGCAAGAGUCCACCGGGUUGGAUGGAAGAUCACGGCUACUUUCUAAAAGUGUACUUGGACGUUGUUUGAUUUUUGAGGAUAUACCAGGAUGCAUUGCAUUGUUUUACGAAAAUUGAAAGCUGAGAGCUUUACAUGUCACCACUCAACUGCACUAGACUUCUAAUAAUAGACAGAUAGAAAAUGAUGGUUUGAUUGCGCUUUGCAGUUUUCAAGUAGCCCAGACAUUUCUGAAAAAUGCAACGCAAGACGCUUACCAGUUGUGACUUUAAAUUUCUUCCUCGAGUGAGAU